AUUGAAGAGCUUCUGAAGGAGGUGACAUUGAAGGAGACAAAGAAGAAGAAGAUUGAUGCCUUCCUCCAUGAAAUUAGCAGUCUGCUGAGUGCCAUCCCAGAGACCCCAGAAACUGAACUCACUGACCAGGCCUGGCUCCCCAAGGGUGUGAAGGUCCCAUUCCUGCAGGUGCCAUUCAGUGUGAAGGGGAGGUUCCACUUCCUGCCCCCGGCUGAGCUGAAGGUGGUGGGCAGCUACCUGCUGGGCACCUGCAUUAAGCCAGAGAUCAACGUGGACGUGGCGGUGACCAUGCCGCGGGAAAUCUUCCAGGACAAAGAUAACCUGAACCAGCGCUACCACCGGAAGAGAGCUCUGUACCUCGCCCACAUUGCCCAGCACUUCUCCAAGGAGAAGCUCUUUGGCAGCGUGAAGUUUGCCUACAUGAAUAGCAACCAUCUUAAGCCCAUCCUGCUCCUGAGGCCACAAGGCAAGGAUGAGAAGAUGGUUACUGUCCGACUCCAUGCCUGUCCUGUCCCGGGUCUCUUCAAACUCAGCCGCUUCUAUCCCAGCAAGAACAAUGUCCGGACAGCCUGGUUCAUGGAGCAGAGCACCCCCAAAGAAGGAGCCUCCGAGCCCCCAACCCCGCAUUACAACAACUCCAUCCUCUGUGACACGGUGCUGCUCUCCCACCUGCACUUCUUGUCUAGCGCAGCCAGUGACUUCCCAGGCAUGAAGGAUGGCCUGGCCCUUCUCAAAGUUUGGCUGAACCAGCGGCAGCUCAGCAAGGGCUUGGGGUGCUUCAGCGGCUUCUUGGUCUCCAUGCUGGUUGCCUACCUGCUGAUGAAACGCAAGAUUGUCAAGAUGAUGAGUGGGUACCAGGUGCUGAGGAGCACUCUGCAGUUCCUGGCCACCACUGACCUGAGUGUAACAGGGAUCAGCCUAGCGAAGGAUACGGAUGCCUCUGUGCCUGCCCUGGACGACUUCCACCAGGCAUUUGAAGUAGUCUUUGUGGAUCCCUCUGGGCUGGUGAACCUCUGUGCUGAUAUGACUGCCAGCAAAUACCACCAGGUCAAGUUUGAAGCCAAGCGCUCCAUGGAAAUUUUGGAUGAUCGGAUGGUGGACGGCUUUCAGGUGCUGCUUAUGACUGCGAAGCCCAUGCUCAGAGCCUUUGACCAUGUCUUCCACCUGAAGCAUGUCUCCAAGCUGCAGGGUGCCUGCAAGAAAAUGCAGCUGCUGAAUGAGCUGAUGGAUCGGGGUGGGAACUAUGUGGCUGCGGCACUUCCCUUCGUCGUCUCUCUGCUGGCCCGUGGGCUGGCUGGGAGGGUGCUGCUCGUGGCUCACUCCUUGCCCCAGAUCCCUGAGUGGCCAAUUGAUGCUGAGCCCCCGAAACACAAGGAUGUCGGGCCCCUGACAUUUGGGCUCCUGUUUUUCCCUGAGUUUGCUGCCAGCACGCUGGAGAAGGGACCGCAGGCCGAUUGCCCUGAGGCUCUGGACUUCCGGACCUUCUGGGGGCAGAAGUCGGAGCUGCGGCGGUUCCAGGAUGGCAGCAUCUGCGAGGCGGUGGUGUGGGAGGCUGACACCAUCUGCCAGAAACGCCUCAUUCCUGAGCAGAUCGUCAGGCACCUGCUGAAGCUCCACAUGGACAUUCCCGAAUCCUCCAUCUGCUACACGGGAUCCCUGCUGGAGUCUGUGAUCAGGACUGGGAAAGAGGCGUUGGGUACAGGUGAGGAGGCCAUGGUCAGCGUUGUCUGCUCCUAUGAUGACCUGAGCCGCAAGCUGUGGAACCUGAAGGAGCUGCCGCUGACAGUGACGGCUGUGCAGGGUGUUCAUCCAGCCCUCCGGUACACAGACGUCUUCCCUCCCAUUCCCAUGAAGCCGAUUUAUUCCUUCCAUACCCGAAUCAGGACCAAGCAGUUGCUGCUUCCCUCGGAGGAGAAGCCCUGCCCCGCAUACAUAGCCCCUUUGAAGAUCAUCUGCCACAUGGAAGGAAAAAAAGACAAAGAAGCCAUCAAGCGCAUCAAGGCGGCUUUCCACCUCCAGCUGGCUGAGCUCCUCCAGCACCAGCACCAGCUGGUUUGCAGACCUGCAGUCACCCACACUGAUGUAUACAAGGAUGGCUACGUCUUCCGUCUCCAAGUAGCCUACCACCGGGAGCCCCUGAUCUUGAAGGAAGUGGUCACCCCAGAAGGGAUGCUGAAGUACCAGGACACAGAGGAGUCUCGGCAGCUGGAGCUAGAGACAUUGCAUCUGCCUUAUCUAACCAGCUCCCUUCAUGGGCUCCAGCAGCAGCACCCCGCCUUUGGCAGUACUUGCCGGCUGGCCAAGCGCUGGGUCAGUGCCCAGCUCCUGAGCGACAACAUCUCUGAGGAGUGUGUGGACCUCCUUGUGGCAUUUCUCUUCCUCCACCCAGCCCCCUUUAUGCCACCCAGCUCUCCCCAGGUGGGGUUCCUGCGGUUCCUCAACCUGCUGGCAACCUUUGACUGGAAAAACAACCCUCUGAUCAUCAAUCUGAAUGCUGGCCUCACAGAUGCUGACUGCACAGAGAUCAAGAACAAGUUUGUGGCGGCUCGCUCUCGCUUGCCUGUCAUGUUCAUUGCCACCCCUAAAGACCACUGGAGCUCCAUGUGGACCCAAGAGCGACCUUCCGCACAGAUCCUGCAGCGCCUUCUUGUGCUGGCCUCAGAGUCUCUCCGAGCCCUGGAGGAGCAGCUCAUGGACCCACUUAGCAGCCAGGAUGUGAAGAUGAUCUUCCGCCCUCCUUUGGACUUCUAUGAUGUCCUAAUCCACCUGAAUGCAAACCAGAUUCCGCGGCAUCUGGAGAGCGUGGACCGGCCACUAAAGUCAUUUUCCCGGGGUGUGGUGAAGAACAGCACUGCAGUGAAGAUCCUCUUUCCUGUGGUGGAUUAUGACCCUGUACAGUGCUACCUCCAGGAGCUGAGA